AUGCCCUCCUCCUCGAGCAGCAAGAAUUGCUGCGGAAACGGGAGUAGCCAGCCGCCGCCUGCGUCUGGUUGCUGCCAGGACUGCCGCUGCUGCAAGCAGAGCUAUGAGCACUUGCCCGAGCCACGGCUGCAGCACCAGCAGCCGCCGCCUCCGCUCUUCCAGCAUCACCAACAGCCGCCGCCGCCACCACUCUACUCGAAUCAACAGCAGCAGCGGCAGCAGCAGCAGCAACAAGUUAGCUGCAUCACGACCUUGCAGCAGACGACAACCACCCAGCAAAUGCAGCAGCUUCCUGCCACGCCUGCUGCAGGCUACGGGUAUGGAAAUUGCCUGGUUCCGCAUGUGCCCGAAACUACAACGACAACAACCUCCAACACAUACGUGAGCAAUCCCCUGCCGGAUGCAGUGCAGCCGGUGCAAGCAGUGCGGCACUGCCACACGAAUUGCGGGGGAAAUGAGACCUGCAAGCUGCAACAAUGCAGCAAUAGCUCUCACCCUGCACAGCCGGCCCAACCAAUGAUCUUUCUUCCCUUCAUGAUGCCCAUGCAACAGUCGUAUAUGCCGUAUCCGCCUCCCUGUGCAGCUCCAGAAGAUUUCAAGCCCCUGAUCCAGGUGAAACCAGCUCCGCCACCACCACAGCCACCGCCUCCGAUCAGAAACUACCAGCAGUUGAUUGGACAGCCCCCGCUGCCUCCGUAUCAGACGCACAUCCUUCCCUGUCAGAAGCCAAUCCGUACUCCAAUGUCGACACCGCCACUGCCGCCGCUACCGCCGCUGCCUCGGAGUGUCCAGACCUUGAAGUCCGUCGCUGCAAAGGCUAUCGACGCAUACCAGAGGAAUGGCAAAUUGCCCAGGAACCUGCCCGCCCUGCGUGCCAUGGAAAUGGCCCUGCGUACCAACUCCUUUGCCACGCCAAAUGCUGCAACUGCCGGCACACCGAGAGAUGAACAACUGAAGGACAUGGCGGACAGUGACUCGGAAAUGGAGUACAUGCCACCGCUGCACAGUGGCAGGCAUAUAAUGGACCCGCGGCUCAGCCUCGUGCCCCAGUCCCCCAGUCCCCCAGCCCCUCAGGCAGCUGCUCAACAACCCUCAACAUUGCAGCAGCAACAGAGGCAGUGCCAGUGCCAGCAACGGUAG